CUGGAGGGUCACACAGAUGCUGUAUACUCCCUCACUUUAUUUCCGAACGACCGUCUCCUUACGAGUGCAUCACGGGAUGAUACAGCACGUCUCUGGAAUCUUGACACAAACCUCCAAGUCGGACUACUUCUCCAGCAUGAAGACCACGUCGAGUGUGCGGCCUUUUCCGCUGAUGGAAUGCUGCUAUCCGCAGCUUGUGCUGAUAAAAACGCGUACGUGUGGGACAUUCAAGCCAUCCUCAAUGCAGCUGGCCUAGAAGCCCUCCUAUCCAUACCUGCACAAAAAUCUGAACUCAAAAAGAAGUUGUUAUCAGGUGCUAAUGCUACACAACAUCCAACCAACCAACCAGCCUCCCGUCGAGUGCCAGAAGGCUUUUUCAAGAACGUGCAAGGCCGUGAUCCUUCAUCCUCUACCAGCCGUCUCCAUUCUGAUCCUUCUCUACGUCGCCGCCGCCUUACUUUUGGACUAUCCUGGGGAUCGUAUCCACCUGCGCUCCCCACUCGCCUUCCCCAACUCUUCCACUAUUUCCAACCCAGCGCUGAUGAACCAAUCGAAUCUCAGCAGCACCCAGGGCCCAGUACCUCCUCUCGUCGCAGUCCUCCUGUUGUCGAAGUCCCUGCACUAGAUGACAAGAAGGCACUGUAUACUGCUCGGCGGCCGGAACGAGCUAGCUACAAGGUAAAACGCAUCAAGAACCCCGUAUGGUGGGCUCGUAUUGUGUUGUUUCUCUGCUGUGUAUCUCCUUCUACUGAUAGUGUCCAUUGAUGGACGCAGCACAUGGUCGAUCUUCAUAUCUACUAAUUCCUCCGUUUGUUUUAUCUUGUUGUAAUGUAUCUUUCGCCAUAUCAUCAAUAACAUUCAUUGACCUCUC